UUACUACUGAGGCGGGUAAGUCAUUUUCCCAUUACUACUGAGGGUAGAUUACUCUCACAAUACUUCUACCAUAUUGACCUCACCAGCUGCGACAGGUGUCAUGGUGCGUGACGAUGGUGGUGGUGAGCGACGACCCAGUCUUCCUCGCCGCCUUCGCCGAGUGGUCCAUCCAGGGUCGCCUCCUGGUGUGGUCGACAAGGCUCCUCGUCGUCACCCGCCUGCCCCUCCCGGAGCUCCACCACCUUCACAAGUUACUGUCCAUGACCAAUUCCAUGUUGCUCGUUGUGGACGACACCAAAUCCCAUAGGCAUGUGCUGUAUACGCAUGUGCCCUACAGUCAAGAGGAUAUAUCGAUCAUUCAGCUUGCCUUUUGGAACGGACGAAGGGGCCUGAUUCUUAGUACAAGUUUGUCGUUGUUUCCUGAGAAAUUUUUAAAAUUUAUUCACAGACCAACGCUUACGGUGGCGAUGGUGAGAAGUGUGCUUCACCAGCCAGUGCUGAAGGACGAUGCAGAAGCACCCGGGGGAAAGAAGCUUUACUUUACAGGGCCACUUGCCUCGAUGCUGGAAUAUAUCGCCACUUCUUUAAAUAUGUCGUACGUUGAUUUACAUGGUAGUCUAAAUACUAUACAGAUUAUUAUCAUGUUAGUACCAAGAUCAUUUUUCAUGGAAGGGAAGCAGUACUACAACCAAAGCCGUGUCAUGACAGGCACACAAGGCACUGUGCCUUGGGUCUACGAAAGUUAG